AUCUUUGACAUUUUGAUUUGAUUAUUCAAUGAAUUCCGAUGGACCAUGGACAUUUCUCAUAUAUAUUUUUUCUUAUGGUUCUCAGGAGCCUAAUUAAAAUUAUAUAAAUGGCGACAUCUAGUGGUUUUAUAUAUAACUAAAAGUCUGUUCAAUUAAUCGACUGCCUGUCACAUAUUGUUGUCAAUUACAUCCGAAAGAUGGCGCUAAAAGAAAAACAUCUGGAUUGAACGAGGCCAUAGAGGGCGUUUUUGGUCACUGUACCAAAAAAUUUUUUUAUUAAAUACUAGCAUUUGCCCGCGACUUCGUCCGCGUGGAAUAGUUACUAUGGCAUAACCCUAAAUUUUACCCGUCUCUUCAUUUACGUAGGUAGUGAAAAUAUUUUUAAAUAAUAGAAUGUUAAUAAUAAUUUAUGGUGCCAAAACCACGCUUUUUAACCGACUCCAAAAGAGGAAGUUCUCAAUUCGACCAUCAUUUUUUAUCUAUGUAUGUUCACCGUAUUCUCGAGAAUGCUUGAACCGAUUCUGAUAUUUUUUUUUUUUUUUGAUCGAAAGGGUAGACUUCCCGAAUGGUCCUGUAAUCAUCAAUGAUGGGAUCCUGAAGAGAUUCAGAAAAAUCUAUAAUUUUCAAAGCCUUGUAAUGAAUAACUAAUGUAAUGAAUGUAAUGAAUAACUAAUAAAUAUUUGGAUAGGGAUUCAUAUCAUCUUCACAAAAACACCUUCACAAAUAGUGCUUUAUUUUAAAACAAAUUUGGUUACCAUAAAAAACGUUAUAGUGGGCCAACCUUAAUAUAUAGACUGCUGUCGCGGACUUUUUUUUAGAUCUUUUAAAGGGGAACAAUUCUCUCAUACAUAAUUUUAGCGUAAUUUUAACCGUUUCCGCAGCGCACGCAGCGGAAGCUAUCAAAAAGGAAAUAAAACCCCGAUUUAGCAACAUUCUUUAUUGGUGCUCCGUUACUAUUGGUCUUAGCGUAAUGUUAUAUAACAUAUACCUUUCCUCUAUAAAUGGGCUAUCUAACACUGAAAGAAUUAUUCAAAUCGGACCAGUAGUUCCUUAGAUUAGCGCGUUCAAACAAACAAAUUCUUCAGCUUUAUAAUAUUAGUAUAGAUGACAUUACAUUGUAAUGUUUAAUUUUAACUAUUUUAUAGUUUGGCCGGCUUUUUUAUGAUCUCAUUAUUGUUUUCAAUAAAAAAUAUUUAAUUUGUUUCAAAUAAGAUGCUUGUCGUGUUUUCAGUGAGUACUUAUUGUAAUUCUCAAAGUUGACCAAUACCUGAAAGUGCUCAUUAUGUAGAAGAUAAUGAUCAGUAGUACCGAUAAUGAGAUGCUAUUGCUGUUAUUACUGUGUAACUCGUUUUAAUGUUCAUAUAAUUAAGAUUUUAUCAUGAAAUGACAUCAAGACACAAGUACUCAUCGUCCGAUGGCACACAGGACUAAUAGCAUCAAUUUAUUUCGAUCGCGACCACCAGAUAUCCGUGCCGGAGUCGGAGAGCCACGCAUUUUCUCAAAGUUCAUUUGUGGGACAAUGUUCACGCAAAAAUCUCUCGUAAACUUUGAUUUAGGGAAGACUCCGAGAGGCGGUGAUCAGGAACACUCGAAAUUCUUUAAAAUAUACUUUCUAGCGGUUCACUCAGUGACCGCCCUGGACUUCGGCUUCGAUAGAAAUGCUAAAAAGCUUACAAAAAUAUUGAUAUCGAUGUUCAGCAUUUCGGUGCGGAUGGGUCUGGCCGCGGUGAGCUUCAUGUCGCUGUGGGGACGGCCGAACGCCCUCGCGCUGGGCUGGGCUCCGGGCACGCUGCUGUGCGAGAACAUCCUGGUCGCCGUCACGUACUCCGCGUCGCGCUCCACGUUCAAAUGCGGGGAUUUGUUCGCCGACUUGUCGACGAUCGACGAGCUCUUUGGUUCCGCCUGCGAUUACCGGAUCGAGUCCAAAAUGUUGCUGUUCACCGCGACCAUGACGGUGCUCAGAGUCGUCAUCUACAGCACCAGCAGGCUCGUCCGCGCCGACGGCUUCGAUUUUGUCGACGUGUUAGAGGUUCUCAACAACUUAGAGACCAUGUGCAUGUAUCUGUUCCUCACGGUUUACUUCUUCGUACUGUUUUCUAUUUAUUGUCGUUUCAAGAAAUUAAGGGAGCUCAUGAAGAAUGACUUCGAGAUAAGAAGAGCGAAUCUGAUCUACAUUGCUCUGAAAGACUGCACCGAUAAGAUCAAACAGUCUUUGGAUGUUCCGUUCCUGGUGGUGCUGGUGUUCACCGUCCUCGUGGUGAUGGUCGACGUCUUCAUCACCUUGGAAAUGAUAAUAAGCAACAAGUACAACAUGGCUGUGUACGUGGUGCGGUACCUCGAGAUAACUCUCGACUUUCUGAUGUUGUUCGCGCCGGUGCUGCUGGCGGACAUGAUGGCGGUCCAGGUCGACGGCCUCAAGAUCACUCUCCACGACCGGCUGUGUCUCAACAACGGCGUCGAUAUGAAGCGGUACUCCUCACUGGCGGAGUUCAUCGGGUACGUGGAGGCGCGCGGCUGCCGGCUGCGGGCGUGCCGCGUGGUGCCCCUCGACCUCACGCUGCCGGUCACCGUGUUCAACGUCUGCGUUACCUACCUCAUUGUCAUGAUACAGUUCGCGGACCUGUACUGAUCCUCAACGAGCGCCGCCUCAUUCUCGACUCGUCUUAAUCUUGCUACUACAAUAAAUACGUCCUGCGAAUA